AUGCAUGGCAAACUCACGCCAUGGGCCCUCGGCAAGCUUCCAGUCAACAUCCCAGAUCCAGCCUCACGAGGCAUUUCUCUGCUACAGGUGCAGGAACUCUCGGAGUUCAUCCAGAGGCUAUGCAAGACCGGCCUCUUGCAACAUCGGGACAACGAGUCCGAUUGGUUACACUGGGAGGACAUCCUCAUGGAAGACAUGGCUUCAUACAUCCUGAAGCCUGCCAUACGAUACCUCGCAGCGGACAUCAGCAAAGAUGUUGCAACCAAUGAUUUGCCACCUGAGUAUGCCUGGAGCUGGAUAGAGAUCGUGGCGUACGGACCACAAGAUCCCAAAGUGUUUGUGUCUUUCAGUUUGCACAGCGGAUUUCGUGACUUCAUGGGCAGCGUACAUCAUCUGGCUGAUGACCAGGGCAUGACAAUCCGAGACAACAUGUGGAUUGGCAUGUUUGCUCGGGAGGAAAGUGCUCCAGCCCACGUCUUCGAUUUGCUAAACUCCCCUGUCUUCAGUGCUUUCGGCAAGUCCGAGGCAACAGCCCUGUUUCUGGACGAGCAUGCCAGCAUCUUGGAGAGAAGUUGGUGUAUUUUCGAGAUGGCCAUCAUCACCGACACGGCUACAAGUCGCAGGCGAUGGAAGCUGCGGGAAGAGCUCGCUAGAGAGGAGGGAUGUAGCAUCUUUAAUGUCAACGAGGAGAAGGUGUUGCAAGUUGAGAAGGAGCGUUUCGUGGAAUACCGAGCGCCAAGUUCGGACGACAUCUUCCAAUCCGAAAAUUGUCGUUUGGAUUGGCAGGUGAGGUCUGAGCUGGCCGGGGGUGGUGAUCCAUUCUCGGUUCCUUGGGAAGAGGUGCGGGAAAGGAUUCGGUUGAUGAGGCAAGGAGGAGGUAUUGAAACCAAGCCCUUGCUGCUCUGCACCCCCGACGGCUUGGUCGGCACCAGACGUGCAACCUCAGUUCCUGUCCUACAUGCCCUUCUACACUCCUUCUGCUGCAGCAAAACGGAUGCCGCCAGCAAGGCUGAACGACGGCUAGUCAUGAACUACAUUGCAAACUGCUACUGUGAAGAUGACAGAAGCAGUGCAAAUUUGUUGGAUGGAAUUCGCACUGACGGCGACGUGUACGAACUGGAGAAUGGCGAGACUGUGUCUGAAGCACGGCGACUGGACGGCUCUCCUGAGUACCAGCAUGAGCACAGUCUUGUCACCAGCAAUGAGCACACCGCCGUCAAGUUCAAGAUCCUCGACCACAGCAUUCGACAGGAAUGCAGAAAAGCUCUCGAAGCCCGUGGAGUCAAGGAGAGCUUCGACAACUGGAACAACUUCUUCGACUUGAAAAGAGUUUGCAACGUCAUGCCACCUGAGCAUCGUGCGCUCACUUUGUCACAGCUUCGGAUUCUUGCCAACAUGCUUCGUAGGCGCUUGGUGGAAUUUGGAGGUCUGCCUGCGUGGUACAAAGCCAGCUCCAGAGACCUCUGGAACAAGGACAAGGAGCUUCACGUUCUUCGUGACAUCCUUCCCGUCAACAGCUCCUUCUCGGAGUGCUUUCAAACACAGCGCCAGCUGCCCGACACCUACGUCAUAUGUCCUGAGGACGUGAAGUUGGUGGCCUUAUUCAGCGCAAUAGAAAGACAUGCAGAGGCACACCUUCUUCCGGAGAAGACGACCUACUACGUGGAUGCUUUGUGUAGAAGGCGUGGCGAGCUGGAGAAGUCAGCCAACGAGUCCGCAGAGAAGACCCAGCGCCUCUUGUCAAACACUGGCAGAGGCGUUCUGCUCAUCCUUGACCAGCCGACGAGCCUUACCUGGCGGCACAAUGUUGCCAGUCUGUGGUGCUUGUACGAGCUGUUCUUUGCAGACAGACAGGGUCUUCUGUGGGACGUGGCUUGUGGAGAGGGUAUCGUGGCAAUGCGAGCUCCGCUAUCCACGAAGCGAUGGGUUUUUGGUCAGUUCGACUCUGCGAUCGCCUGGAAUUUGUCAUCAAUCCGGGUGAAAGCAGAAGCUGCCAGAUGUACAGUAACAGAGGAGAAGGACAUCUUGCUGUCAAAGCUGAUGGAAUUCGGAAAGAAUUGCAUCACAGAGUUCGAGCAGAAGAUGACUGCCAAGGUCCCGGCCAGAAUGCUUGGGCCCGUGCUGCGGAAGGCGGCGUGCAUGAGGGACAACCAGGACUUCGAACGCUUGCGUGAUGCCUGUGACAUCAUGGCAAAGCUGCGAUGCAGUGGGGCGCACAUUAAUCUGGCGAGUCUCGAGGGCGGCUUCGGGGAAUCGGCAUUGCACAUUGCGGCAGCAGCAGCUGUGGAUGGCAGUGCUAGGUGUGCCAGAGCUGUUGAGAUGCUCGUGCGUAUGGGCAUGGACGUGAAUGCCCAGGACGAUGCCGGCGAGACGCCCCUGCACUGGGCUGCCAUGACAGGCCGAGCAUGGGCCACUGGAUUUCUUCUUCGCAACGGCUCCGAUCCGCUGCUCGCGAGUUGGUCGGGUUUCCGGCCCUUUGACGUUUGUUGCACAGGGCCAGCCGCAUUCCUGGGAGUGGAUUCGAAGCUGCCUGGCAGAAUUCUUGACAUCGUCGAGGCACAAGGUGAAGCGAAGGCAAGGCCACUCGCAGCCAUGGGUUUCAAAUAUGUCUUUAUUCCAGCAUCGGCCAGUGAUGACAUGCAGGAGCUCGACUUCGAAAAAGAUGUUGCGACCUUGGAGGAGGACACCUUCCGCACGUUCGUCGAGAACUUCUUUGCUCGAGCUGGCGCUACCGCUGACCGUGGGGUGCUGUUGCAGCAGCUGAAAGAUCGGACCGGCGUCGACAUCCAGGAGAAGACAGACAAGGGCGAGAUGCCAAACGAGAUGCUGGACAAGCUGCUCUCUGCCAGCAGCGUCGAGAUAUUCCCAGUGCAGCUUCCGACGAAGGAGACCGGGUUCCAUGCAGUUAGUGUGUACCUUGAUGACAAGGGUGUGGCCAAGAGCCUGGAGGAGAACGUGCGCGUCUCCGGCCUUGUGCAAGCAUGUGGAUACCCCGGGCAGACGUUCAGAGGGGACUGCUUUGUCGGACGGGUGUUCGACGACACCCAGGAUGAGUGGAGGAGGAUGGACUUCACCCUCAAGGAUUGCAGCACUGAUGCUGAUUGGAUCCAGCAGACGAAGCUUCAGCGUGCCAAUAGGAAGCCAGGCGACCUGAAGAACCUGGCGAACAGCAUUGGUGCCAAUAAUCCUGCUCAGAUUAAUCCCUCCAUGAUGGCAGAGACUCCGCAGGGUGAGACUGCAGACUAUUCUUGGAAGCAGUCAGAAGACGAAGUUGAGGUCACCUUCAAGCAGGAAGGCUUGCAAAAAGGCGACAAGAAGUACGUAAAGGUCGCCUUCGGACGCAAACGGCUGAAAGUGUCAGUCAAGGACCAGGUCGUUAUCGACUCGCCCUUGGCCGGCAACACGACCGCAGAUGAGUGUGACUUUGGUAAAGGAAGACGGAGGAGACACCUGGCCACGCUGUCAGUUGACCAGUUUUGCACAAACGGCCUUGUACAGCUGGGCAUGUUUCGUAGAGAAACUUUAAGCAACAUCGAGGAUCUCUUCUUCAUCGCUGGCGGAUUUUUCGGCGCGUUCGCUACUGGAAUCAAGUGUCUGCUUGUGUCGCGCAUGCUCUCCGGCAUCGCCCUGGGAAUUUCCGCCAUUGCAGCCCCAGUGUACAUUGCAGAGGUCUCUCCUGUUGAGCAGCGGGGCCUACAUGCCGCCAAGCAUGGCCUAUACAUUGCCGUAGGACUUCUGUGCGCCGAGCUGAUAGGGCUCCCACAGGAUCCUCCUGGCAACGGCCUAACCGAAACCAACAGAUGGUUCUGGCGAGUCAUCCUUGGGCUACCGAUUUUGGCCGGAGGGUUCCAGUACGUGCUUAUGAAGUUCGACCUCCCCAUCGACCCGGCAUUGUACUUGGUGCGGCAGGGCCAAAUGGAAGAAGCCAGGAUGAUGCUGUACAAAACAUAUGGGCUGUCAGCACCGGAGUCGUCUGCCGGGCUGGAACAGGUCCGAGUUACAAAGCUCGAGCUGAAGUUGAAGGACCUCGCAGUCGUUGCAGCAGAGGCCCAGGCCGCCAAGCGGAUCACGGUCGUUCAGGCACUGCAAGAUCGGUACCUGCGCUGCUCCAUAAUGGUGGGCUUUUUCCUUGCGUCCUACCAGCAGCUUACGGGAAUUAAUGCACUUAUGGCAUACUCUAAUGGCCUUUUUGCACAAGCUGGAAUUCCCGACAAUGACCUUACGCUGGCAUCUGUUGGGAUGUGCAUCGCCAACGUGCUCGUCUCUGUUUGGAGCACCCAGCUCGUGGAUAACAUGGGCCGGCGUUCCUUACUGCUCUACGGCUGCGUCACCCAGAGCCUAGCCAUGGCAUCUAUGGUGUACGUGGUGCAGUUCUUGCCUCUGGUGGUGCAGGGAAUUAGCGCCUUCAUCUUUUUCAGCUUCUUCGUGGUCUCCUGGAACUUCGGACUCGGAGCCAUCACGUGGCUAUGGCUCUCGGAGAUUUACCCGUCGGAAAUUAGAGGACCUGCGCUUUCCGCAUGCGGAGUCAUCAAGUGGCUGAGUUGCUUCUUCGUGGUGCUGAUCGCACGGUUCCUGAACCUGCAUUCGUCGUGCUUGCUGUUCGGGUCUCAAAGUGCCUGGAAGACCCUGCCAUCCCCAAGUCGGGGUGGCUUCGCAGUUCUGGGCAGGCCAAUAAGGCAUGCGCUCAAGCAGCCGCUUUCAGCUGAGGCGGCGUUUCGCUGGGCAGUGGUUGGAUGCAGCUGCAUCUCACUCCGACCUCGCUUGAUACAAGGCCGACGAAGCUGCAUGCAGGUGCGACAAACAAAGGAGACAGAAGAGGAACGACAGCGACUGGACCAGGAAGCACGCGAGGGCAUGCAAGAGUACAUGAAGCUCAUACAGGAGCUAGCGGAGGGUGGGAACAUCCGUGCCCAAAAAACCGCAUGGAAAUGGGACAUACGGCAACGUGUGUGGAAUUUCUUGGAAGACAAUGACCUGGCCGAUUUUCCGCGACCUGUUCAUCAUCGCAUCCCGAACUUUCAGGGCUCUGCGCGAGCUGGGGAGCGCCUGGCGGAGCUGCCUGAGUUCAUUGACGCGAAGAUCGUGAAAGUGAACCCAGACACGCCACAGAAGUCUGUUCGAGUCGCAGCGCUGCGCUCCCGGAAGAUCCUCUAUGUACCUCAGCCACGUCUCAGGACAGGCUUCUUUUCACGGAUUGAGCCUGGAACUGUCCCACCUGACAAGUACAACUUUGCAGCAACGGCACGCGGAAUGAAGCAGCUUGCAGACCCCAUGGACUUGGAUGAUAAGACAAAGAUCGACGUUGUAGUCGUGGGGUCGUCAGCUGUGCAUCCUGAAUCAGGAAUCCGUGUUGGCAAGGGUGAAGGCUUCGCAGAGUUGGAGUAUGGCAUCAUGCGCCAGCUAGGCAUGAUCGAUGAAUCAACGCCGAUCAUCACCACUGUGCAUGAUAGCCAAGUUAUCACUGAUGACUUCCCGCCUAAGGGCAAGGGCAUGAUGAAGCACGAUGUGCCAGUGGACAUUAUUGUCACACCCACUCAGACCAUUUACGUGGACAAGGCGAAGCAGCCCAGCAAGCCAAAGGGCAUUUACUGGGAUUUGUUGUCUCGAGAGAAGUUGGCGACCAUCCGGGUCUUACAGGACUUGAAAGCGCGAAUCGAGAACCAGACCGGUAUACAGCUGGAGCUGGCGGAGCAGGAGGAGGCUCUGCCUCCGCUGGCGAAGCGCGGGUCUCCCCGAAAGAACGCGCCUCCAAAGAAGCCCCAAACCAAGGAGAAGGAGAAGGAGACCGUGGCCCAGACCCCUGGGCUCAAGGGUCGGCUCCGCAGGUCAUGCGCAACCGAUGUGUUCUUUCUGACUUCCUGCACUCGCCAUUCUGUGGAUGCUAGAAGUAUGCUCGGUUCCGUGAGUGCCCUGGGCGUGCUCGGAAUUUACCUCUGGGUCCUGGAGACCAAAGGCUGCGACAUGGAGGACAGUCCAAUGACGCCGCGGAGUGAGAGAUCGAGCUCAAGUUUACUGGGAGGAGGCACUUCUCCUGCCAGUCCGCGUCAGGAGCAUUUGAUGGGCGUGGCAGAACGUGAAGAGGAAGAAGAGGACGAGGAAGAAACAGCAGUUCCGAGGGUCUACCAGCAGGCAAACGCUUCCUGCGGCCCUGUGAAGACCGCCGGGCUGGAGGCGAUGAGGAUCACUCGAGAUGGCGUGGAGGAUACGCUCCUUUAUGAAAUCAUGUAUUUCUCGCCUGUUGAGCUGGGAGAUGAGCGCUACACAAACAAGUUGUACUUCCAGACGGAGAUCUACCACCGGAAGUGGCCGACCUUAAUGGCCGACCGUAUGGCUCACCAAAUAGAGAAGCUGAAGCAUUGUGAGAUGGGCAUCGUCGCGUUCGACGACGAGUUCAAGCAGAACCACAGAGAGGCGGUCCUCACCCACUGCAAGAUGGCGUUGGCUUACCUCGACGCACGCGAGGCCCGCAUCGCGAUGAAGUUGUGCGAGCAGUGCAUCCCAGCCACAAAGUCGAGCGAGCCGCGGCUUCAGACGGACCCUGAUGCAGACUUCGACUUCAUGAGGAUCAUUGCCCUCUCGGUGCUGGCCUGCGCCGCGCGAAGGAUCAAGUUCUUUCAGAAGGCCAUCGAUGCUCUUGGAGAAGCAAAGAGCCUCUGCCUUGCCGGGGGAGAUACCGUGCAGCAGCAUCCCUUGCUCAUUGCUCUGACGCUUCUGAACCUUUCAGCAGUUCUGGGUGAUAUCGACCACGACGAGCAUGGCUUGCGCUGGGGCUUGGAGGCCUUGGGUCUGAUGUACAAUGUCUUCUCAAACGUCGAACUUCCCGAGAUGGUCCAGGCCUACUAUCUGGCCCUGGCCUGCCACAAUGCUGCGCUGCUGGAUGUGAAGCUGGGUCGCUGGGCAGAAGCGCAGGAGCUGGCGGACGAAGGCAUCGAGUUCACCAAGGUGCUUGGCGAGAACGAUGACCACUUGAGAAGCAAGCUCAUCAGCAUAGGUGCCCAAGCCAAGCACGUGCCAGAGGGUUUCUUGUCAGAGGCGGUGAAUGCUCUAAACGGCUGGGGAGAGGAGCGGGGCGUCUGGAACCUGAGCUUCUGGGACUUCAGUAUGCCAGAGAUCCAGGAAGUCAUCAGGGUUCUGGAGAGCACCGUGACCCUGAACAAGCUCGUCAUGGAUCAAAAAGAUGAUGACAGGCGCUACGAGCUUUCGCUUGAAAAUCGCAACCUGGUGCAGCUGAUGAUGGCGGUUGUGAGCUGCCACUGCUUGGAAACCGUCACCAUCUCAGGAACUGAUUAUCGUCCGAGAAAGGUGUGGAGGCGUGUGAAGAGGCGUGGCUUCUUGGAGACUUCCUGGUAUGCCUCUGCCCUUAACUUUUCGGAUGUGUGGGGCGGCGGCUCUCAAAUGCCGGAGACUGGCCCCUAUCAAGGGCUCAUCGCAGACAUCAACCACUUCUCCAAGAGGCUAGUCAUGGCUCUGCUCAUCGUUGCGAACGAGACAGAUGGAAUCGACCUGUCAGACAAUGGCAUCAAUGCUGUGAGCGUCAGCAUGCUGGCUGAUGCACUGAACCAUCCGGAGAGGCUGUCACGCACACGCGCGUGCCGGUCUCUCGUGUUGCGGAACAAUGACCUGGACCCAGCAGCGGCUUCCGUUCUUGCGAGAAUUUGGGACUCGGUGCAGCAGCACGACGAGGGCAAGGAGACCCCAGACACCGACGGCGACGGCUUCGAGGAUGAGGACGAGGAAUAUGAUCCCGAUGCGGACCCUGAGAGGGAGGUGCGGCCGAGCUAG